AUGGCCGUCAACAAGGACCCCGCCCUGCUGGAUGGAGACUUCCCUGAGCAGGAGAACGUGCUGCAGCGGGUCCUGCAGCUGCCUGUGGUGAGUGGCACCUGUGAGUGCUUCCAGAAGACCUACACCAGCACCAAGGAAGCCCACCCCCUGGUGGCCUCUGUGUGCAAUGCCUAUGAGAAGGGCGUGCAGGGCGCCAGCAGCUUUGCUGCCUGGAGCAUGGAGCCGGUGGUCCGCAGGCUGUCCACGCAGUUCACAGCUGCCAAUGAGCUGGCCUGCCGAGGCCUGGACCACCUGGAGGAGAAGAUCCCAGCCCUCCAGUACCCUCCUGAGAAGAUCGCGUCUGAGCUGAAGGGCACCAUCUCCAACCGCCUCCGCAGCGCCAGAAACAGCAUCAGCGUGCCCAUCUCGAGCACUUCGGACAAGGUCCUGGGGGCUGCUUUGGCCAGCUGUGAACUUGCCUGGGAGGUGGCCAAAGACACUGCAGAAUAUGCCGCCAGCACCCGAGCUGGCAGACUGGCCUCUGGAGGGGCUGGCUUGGCCUUGGGUGGCAUUGAGAAGGUGGUGGAGCUCCUUCUCCCUCCAGACAAGGAAGAGUCAGCCCCUGCUCCUGGACACCAGCAGGCCCAGAAGCCUCCCAAGGCUAAGCCGAGCCUCGUGAGCAGGGUUGGGGCCCUGACCGACACCCUCUCUCAGCACGCCCUGCAGACCACAGGCCGGGUGCUGAAGCAGGGCCACGCCCUGGCCAUGUGGAUCCCGGGUGUGGCGCCUCUGAGCAGCCUGGCCCAGUGGGGCGCGUCAGCGGCCCUGCAGGUGGUGUCCCAGCGGAAGAGCGAGGCGCAGGCGCCCUGGCUACGCAACCUCACGGCCACCCAGGAGGAGGACCGUGAUGACCAGACGGACACAGAGGGAGAGGAUUCGGAGGAGGAGGAAGAACUGGAGACCGAGAACAAGUUCAGUGAGGUAGCAGCCCUGCAGGGCCCGCGAGGCCUUCUGGGCAGCGCGGUACACACUCUGCAGAAGGCCCUCCAGCGCACCAUCUCGGCCGUGACGUGGGCACCUGCAGCCGUGCUGGGCACAGCAGGGAGGGUGCUGCACCUCACGCCGUCCCGUGCUGUCUCCUCAACCAAGGGGAGGGCCAUGUCCCUAUCGGAUGCCCUGAAAGGCGUUACUGACAAUGUGGUGGACACGGUGGUGCACUAUGUGCCGCUCCCCAGGCUGUCCCUGAUGGAGCCCGAGAGCGAAUUCCGGGACAUCGACAACCCGCCGGCCGAGGCCGAGCGCCCCGAGGCGGAGCGCAGGGGGUCUGGGGCGCCGACCCCGUGCCAGGAGCCCGCGCCGCGCCUGGGGCAGCCCCGCGGCAGCCUGCGCAGCGCUCGGGGCCCCGGCGCGCCCUCCAGCCCGGGUCCGGACGACAAGGCCGAGACGCCCGCCCUGCCGCGCCCGGGCUUGCCGGCCGUGCCCCGCGAGAAGCCGAAGCGCAGGGUCAGCGACAGCUUCUUCCGGCCCAGCGUCAUGGAGCCCAUCCUGGGCCGCGCGCAGUACAGCCAGCUGCGCAAGAAGAGCUGA